AUGGCUCGGAUCGAUGGUGUUGCCGGCCAAAGAUUUGGCAUUAGCAGAGCAAGAACAGUACGCGCUACUGGUGAGCUUAUUGAAAAGGAUGCAAUGUUGCUCCUAAGGAGGAACCAGACGGUAAGACUUGUUGGAUCUGAGGCACUGCCAAAAUCCGAAAGGAUUUCUCGUUUUGAUGUGAAGAUCAAACACAAAGUGGGUGAAGAGCAAGAGAAGCCAGGGAAAGUCCAAGAGAAAGCAGAGAAUAUCCAAGAUAAUACAAGUGGGGUUCAAGAAAGUUCCAAGGAAACAUUAGGCAAAACAGGCAAAUUGUUAGAGGCAACGGAGCCAAACCUCGACAAAGAAGAGAAGAUUCAAGAAAAGGAAGAGCAAAACCUUGAAAAAGUGGAAAAUGUUCAAGAGAAUGAAGGCAAAAUCCAAUGCACGGCAGAGAAAAUCCAGGAAAGUCAAGGAGGAACCCGAGACAAAGUAGAAAAGUUCAUUUAA